AUGGAUCAGCAUAUGGGCCAGGUGAGGCAGAUGACAGAUAUGCAAAUGUCCUCAUCCACCUCCUCCACCUUUAACUACUCCACGAGCUCCACCAAGCUGCGAAAAGUCUCUCAGGGCUUGUCAAGGACCAUGGAAGAGCACUCUGGGGUUCAGCGUAAGACCUCCGCUGUGGUGGGGUCCUUCAGCCAGGUACAGAAAUCCACCCAGAUCCCAGAGGGAGAGUCUGUCCCAGAUUUUGAGGAGAAGCUGCGCCCCGUCACUGCCCAAGAGGGUGAGGUGACAAUGUUCAAGGCCAAGGUGACUGGGAAUCCUCAGCCCAGCAUUGACUGGGAACGAGCCAGCGGGUGCCCGCUGUCUGACGCGGCUAAAUCUUUCUUUGACAACAUAAACAAUCAGCAUAUACUAAAGAUGAAAAUCCUGACCCUGGAGGACGCCGAUGUCUACAAGUGCAUUGCCUCCAACAAGCGUGGAGAAGCCACUUACUCUAUAUCGCUCAUUGCUACAGAAAAUCCGGCGUUGGACUUCAAUAAGAUGCUGAAGAAGCGCAGUGUGAAGAGAGAGGAGAAGAGGCCACCUAUAGAGGAGGAGAUGCUGAAGAUCCUGGCUGGAGCCGACAAGAAGGACUACGAGAGGAUCUGCACCGAGCACGGCUUCAGCGACUUCAGAGGCAUCCUCAAGAAGCUGAAGGAGAUGAAGAAGAAAGUGGAGGUGGAGAUGGUACAUGUGCUGAAGCCCCUGGAGGACAUCACUGCCACAGCUGACACCAGCAUCGUCUUUGACACCCUCCUGGAGCUGAACUAUCCAAACAUCCGGAUGCUUAUGAUUCAGGGCGCGGAGCUGCUGCAGAUCCAGUACUCUCAUGGGAAAUACGAAGCGAAGCAGAUGGGAACCAAGCACAUGCUGUGCAUUUCUAGCGUGAGCCUCAGUGACACGGGCACCUACACUCUGCAGGUUGCAGAGAAGAGACUGUCAGCCAGGCUUAACGUCAUAGAUGAACCUCUGAAAUUUCUGUCCGACUUCAAACCCAAGAUAGUGACAGAGCGCCAGACCGCCACGUUUGAGGUCCGUCUCUCUAAGAAGACAGAUGCACCUCUUAUCUGGAAGGUAAAGGGAAAAGAAGUAAAAAGAGAUGAAAAGUUCGACCUGUCCCUGUCUGAGGACGGUCUGACCUACACCUUGAAGAUUAAAGAUGUGAAAGUCAGUGACACUGGAGACUACACCAUCAGCAUCGGAGACGUCACUGCCAGCCACCGUCCCACUUUUCAUUCAACGGCAGAAGUAAUCAUCGAGGACUGUGAGCUGACGGACGAGGGAGAGUACUCGCUCAUCUGCACUCAGGACAAUGACGCACACCAAUAUGUCACUUCUGCUAAUAUGACAGUGGAUGAGCGUUUUGCCUCGGUGAAGAGUGGUAUGUCAGAUGCUCAGUGUGCUACAGGCUCCCCUGCAGAGCUGUGCGUCGUCCUUGAUGAUGAGAAGGUGGACGGAGUGUGGCUGAAAGAUGCUGAGGGCUAGUACACCUUCAGAGCCAAGGGGGCUGAGAGCGAGGCUGUACUAACUAUUGCAGACCCUCCAGAAAUGGAUUCCUCUGUGCUGGACUUGUACGGAGCCCAACCUGUGUUUGUGAAGGCAGGCCAGACAGCCACCAUUAAGAUUCCCUUUAAAGGCAAACCGCCUCCCAAGGUCACCUGGUACAAGGACGGCGUGGAGGUCAUGGAGGAUGAGAGGACCAAGGUGGAGAGGACGGCUGACGGCACCUCGCUGGUGCUCAGCAGAUGUGUGCGUGAAGACAGUGGAGCAAUUAUCUUCCGCCUGAAGAGUGACUGUGGCACUGCAGUGGCCAACCUGCACCUCGAUGUGAUUGACCAUCCAAAGCCUCCUCAAGGGAAAGUAGAGUUCCUCGAGCUAUCAGGAAAGUGUAUCAAGAUGAAGUGGAAGGCUCCAAGGGACAACAGGGGCAAGCAAGUGACGAGCUGUGAACGGCGCGUGGCUGGUAAGAAGUCCUGGACCAGGGUUGGUGAAGUACACAGCAGUACCACCAUCUUCAGUGAUGACAACCUGGAGGAGGGCCAGGCGUACCUACGCAUCAGGGCUGUCAAUGAGGAGGGAAUGAGCGACCCUCUCGAGACAGAGGAGGUGCGCGCUGGAGAACCCGUCGAGCCUCCAGGCACAGCGUCCCAGCCCCAGGUGUCAAACAUAACAAAACCAAUACGAUGUCCUGACCUGGUGAGGAAUCUGUGUGUGUCUGAUUCCACAAACACCUCCAUCUCUUUGAGGUGGACUCCUCCAGAGCCGGGAGACAAGCCCUCGGGUUACAUCCUCAAGGUUUGCCCCGAAGAUGCUAAAGAGUGGAUGAAGGCCACCAAGAUCCCCAUCGCUGGCACUGCCUUCAAUGUGGGAGGACUUCAAGAGCGGAGGAAGUACCACUUCCGUAUCCAGGUUGUCAAUGAAGGAGGGGUGGGGGAGCCCAUUGAGCUGUUGGAGGGUGUAACGGCGAUGCCUCCACCUGUGGCACCCAGUCUCCAGGGGAAGCUGAAGAACCAGAUGGUGGUCGGAGCUGGAGCUGCACUUUACCUUCACCUCAACUUCACUGCUUCACCUCCACGACUGCACAAUGAGCUGUGCCUAUCAGGGCAUGCCAACACCACAGAUAAGGUUGUCAAGGGUCUGUUGGAGAGUCUGACCAAGCAGGCCAACAAAGAGAAGCUGAUUUUGUAAGAAGUCUGCUUUCCACGUCAUCACGACAGAUGCACUUUGAUUGGCCACUGACCUUAUGCUACAUGAACUGUCGCCACUGACAAUGAUUUUAGCUGUGGUUAGGUUUUAAGAUAUUAGAAAUCUAAAUUAAAUCUGAUUUGUAUUGAUUUUAUUUCUGGCUCUGGUAAUGCAAUAAAUGUCCACAAGAUGCCAUGCCUGCUCCCAUCCUUGCGAAGGCAUUCUGCUCCAGGAGCAGAUUAAUGUUUGGUGUGUUGGAGGGAUGUUUCCUCAUUAGUCAGCUCACUCAGCCAUAGAGAUUGUCCUUUCUCUCUACAUCACGAAUGCUUUUCUCUCUAUAAAAAGAAUUUGACUUCCAUCUUU